GGAGACUGGUUUUUCUAAGAAAUCACAGCAUGGUCGUAUAUAAACCCAACGUUAUCUUCACGUCGCAGUUCUCGUCCAGCUCUCAUCACGAAAGGCGAUUUACAGUUACGUGAUUGCUGCAUCAUGGCGGAGGUGAGCAAGAAGACGAUUGCCAAGGCCGAGAAGGACCUGAUGAGUCCACAGGACAUUAAGGAGGACAUGAUGUUAGUCCUCGGACCUCACAUGAACUGGCAGGAGAUGCUGUGCCCAGCACCUCUCUCCGUAUGUCUCCUGGGACAACUGGUUCUCGUCACGCUGGACAAGGACGUGUCUCUUUUGUCGGAACAUAUGACAAGAGAUCGAUUCGAACACACCGAGUACCCAGAAUCUCUGCGGACCAGCAUUCUGCAAGUUGCUGAUGACGGAUGGAAUGCCUUCAACCUGGCCAACAAAAACAUGGAUCAGAUACGACUGCUGACACUGCAGAUUCCCCAGCACGUCAAGAACGCUGUCAAGUACAUUGUCAAUGGAUCAGAAAUGGAAGUGCGCAAACUCGUCCCCGAUUACUUGGCUAACAUUAAACGAAUUACUGACACUUGCGUUGUACGAGCUGAAGCAGUGGAGACACGAUUUUGUACUGUAAUGGAUUUGAUAGGAGAACUCCAGAAAGCAUGCACAUUUGCUGAAGGUCAGUAUUCUGAGAAACUCCUCAAAGCGGAAAAGGAUCAUGAGGUGAAGACAAUAAGACUGCAGUCAUUAGAAGAAAGAAAGAAGCUCGCUGAAGAGGAGUACAAUGAAUUACGUGACCAGUUUAAAAAGACCCAAGAAUCAUAUCAAAAAGCUAUGGACUCUAUGCCAUCUGGUUGGAGUAUGAUCAGUAUGGACUUCGUCGAAGGGCUGGCCAAAUGCACUCUUGGUGUCUGCCAAUCAGUCACCAAUGCUGUUACAAGGAAUUCUGCAAACAAGGAAUCCUCCAAGGGAAAGAAUGGGCAGAAAGAAGAAGACAAGGAAGCUACACUGCUGAUGGAACUUCCAGGACUAUCGCAUUGUGUAAAGACUCUCGUAACAGAUUUUGAUCAGAUUAUGCAAGGAACGGAAUUGGAUCAUCUCAUGACGGUCGAGUCAACCUUUCAAGAUAUUGUGAAGGCUUUGAAAUCCUACUCGGGAGUCUGUAAGCAGAAAGUAAACGACAUUGAAACUGACGGAUGUCAACUCCUCAAGAUGAUGAAGACCGCUGGCAAGCAGCUUGCCAAGGAACAGGCACUGGAAAAUGAAGCAAAGAUGAUAGCAGUUCGGCUUGAAGGUAGAAUGAAAGCACUGGAGACAUUCUGUGCACAUGCAUUUCAGCAACCUGUGCAAACACCAACACCCAUGAUGUCUACAAAAGAACAGGAUGGUUCCAGUUCAGCUUCAGCAAGAUAUAGUGAGCAAUGUAGAUUCAAGGUGGAACAAAAUGCUGCUUCGCUUCAGUCAAUCAGGGAAGACUUCAAGAACAAAAGCAAAUCAUUGCAGGAAACCAAUGCCCAUGUGACAUCAGUCAUUGAAGAACUUGCACAUUUAAACCUUGACAAGGUCAACUUUGAUGAAAUAAAACAGUUGUUGCAGAGGGGUAUCAAAGCUCUCGGACAGGUUCGAACACAGUGGGGAAAGCUGGUGAGAUUUUUCACAACAAUUUCAAACAUCAUCAAAUGCUGUAUGGAUGAAAAUGUAAAGAAUUUCAUCCAGGGCGCUGAGCGAGGUGCAGAGUUUCGUCUAACGUACACGAUGUCCGAUAUGAUGAGGGACACGAUCUAUGUACAAGCAUCUGAAGCCAACAAGCUGUCGUACAUGGUGAACAACCUGGCAGGGAUGUAUGUUGAAGUGUCCGAGAAGCAUUUGAUGGAUCAAGUGGCCAGCCUUGGGGAGCUACUUGCGUUGGGUGCAGAGAACGACAAAGGUGCCGUCUCACGAAAGAUGUCCCAGUUGAAAAGACAGGCACAGGACGCCACAGUGUCUAUUGGGGAGAUUGUUGCCCAGAAGCAGCUGGAGUUUGACACAAAGGUGCAGAGGAGGAUAGAGAGGAUUGAAAGGGAGAUGAAAGCCGUCUUACCUCCGCCUCCGGCAGAAGAUCCUGAGAUAGAACAGCAGAAGAAAGAAGCGAUUAAAGAAGCUGAGACUUUCAAGGCUGAACGCACGGUGCUGAACGAGGAAGAAUGGGCGUGAUCGCCUCCCUUGAAACCAUUACUUGUAUAUUUGUCAAUACUUCGUUUUUGGAUAAACGACCACCGGUCCAUUUACGAGUUCCAUCUUACAUUUACAGAGUGCCAACUCAUUAAAUCAAUAUUUCAAAAUGCACAGUAAUUCUGCUGCAUCAAAUUGUACAAUAUAUGGUCUCGAUUUGUUACUCCAGUGAUUUAGCUUUCCGUCACUUUGCUAGUACAUCGUUUCCGAGAUAAAAUGAACUAUUUUCAUGUUUCAUGAUAUGUUGUAUUUAAAUAUUUAAACAGUGAACCAAAAUCGCCUGGGUGCAAAUGUAGACCCUAAGAUAUUCAUUACCUGCUGAUGAUUCUGAUUGCGAAUGUCCCAAUCACCUACAGCAUGCAGGUGAACCUCAACGAAGGAUGAUUGACUGGGACACGCAUGGAUCAGGUGUUAUAUGGAUGGCUGGACAUAAAAAAACUGGCUUGCCUGACCUAGAAUCCACUAUUUACUUCAUUAUUGCCGGAGAACACCGUUGUUUUAUGAUGGCUGUAACGUUGCUGUUAAGUAGCCUAAAUCCGUUGUAACAUCAAGGAUAAUAUUUUGAUGUGAUUUUCAUAUUGAGGCACAUACUCGUUUGUAUUUAUUGUAUGGUAUCGAUAUGGGAUGUUCAGCGUUAAUAUCUCAUGUGUUACCACUGCUCCUAUUUAGAUCAUUAAUUGGAAUUGUUUCUUUGUUUCAAGAACUUGAGGAAAUGCUUGUCACUUUGUUGUAAUUUUGUACUCGAGAUGAUUUUAUGGAUGAUUCAUCUUUUCUGUUAGAUGCUGACAUAUUAUUAUUUGUUCCGAUGAAUGUUUGGAAAUCUGGAAUUUUGUUUGAAUAAACUUCUUUCUUUCAAAAUA